AUGGUUAAUGCGAUGGGUGGUGUAGUGGGUUACGAUACUAGUGUCAUCGGAGGCACCAUGGCCUUGGAGCCCUUCCGCCGUGACUUUGGCAUGGAGCGUGUCUCCGACCUGGAGACUGACACGCUGGAAGGGAACAUCGUGUCGACCUUCCAGGCUGGUUGUUUCUUCGGGUCUCUGCUCACCUUCCCCUUGGCCGAGCGAUUUGGGCGCAAGAUGGCCAUUGUGAUGGCCAUCUCCAUCUUCUGUGUGGGAGGAAGUCUGAUGACUGCUGCUUCAGGCCAUCUGGGCAUGAUCUAUGCCGGCCGGGCCAUCGCUGGGUUUGGCAUCGGCUCCGUGUCCCUGCAGGUUCCCGUGUACAUCGCGGAAACAUCACCUCCCUCAAUUCGCGGUCGUCUGGUUGGCAUCUUCGAAAUUUGUUCGCAGGGGGGCGGUAUGUGGGGGUUCUGGAUCAACUAUAUCGUCAAUCGCACCAUCCCCCAAGAGAAGAUGGCGCAGUGGCAGGUUCCUCUGGGUCUCCAGCUGCUGCCGGGUGGUUUGCUGCUCCUGGGGAUCUUCUGGUGUCCGGAGACCCCCCGGUGGUAUGCAAAGCAAGACCGGUGGGAGGAAGCCGAGCGCAGCCUUAUCUGGAUCCGAAAGCUUCCCGCCGAUCAUCCCACGAUUCAGGAUGAGAUGCAGCAGAUCCGCGAGCAGAUCCAGAUCGGAGUCCCUGCCGCAGGAACCAAGCAUGAUUUCUGGAAUUACGUCCAUCGACUGUGGCAGAAAGGCACCCGCAACCGGAUCGGCAUUGGCCUUCUGCUGAUGGCGUUCCAGAACCUGACCGGCGUCAAUAUCAUCACAUACUACUCGCCCCGGAUCUUUGAAACCCUGGGAAUAACAGGUACAGAUACGAAACUGUUUGCGACGGGGUUUUAUGGGGUGGCCAAAACCUUGGGAAUGAUCAUCUUCAGCGUCUGGCUGGUUGAGAAAGUGGGACGCCGCAGCGGGCUGAUCUGGGGCGCCUUCGUCGGCAGUCUGCCCAUGUGGUAUAUCGGGGGCUAUGUCUUCCGGGCAGACCCCGAAGGCGCAGCAGCCCGUGGCGACACGGCGCGUAAUGCAUGGAGUUACAUCGCCAUGGUCUGUGUCUACCUAUACGGGCUAAUCUAUUGUGCCACCUGGCAGGGCAUUACCUGGGUGAUCUGCUCCGAAGUUUUCCCGAUUGACAUCCGCAUGCUCUGCGUGGCGCUGACCACGGCGAAUCAGUGGCUGUGGUCGUUUAUCAUCAGCCGCACUACGCCAUAUAUGAUCACCUCGCUUGGAUACGGGACAUAUUUCUUCUUUGCCGCGUUGAUGGUGUGCAUGGGCUUUUGGGCGUGGUGGUUCAUUCCUGAGACCAAGGGGAAGUCGCUGGAGGAGAUGGACGUUUUGUUCGGUGCUCAGCCCGCGCCAGGGGAUGCGGAAUGGGGGGUGAAGGAAGAGACGGAGGUUGCAAAGGGAGGAAUGACAACGGCUCAUGUGGAGAGAAUAUAG